GUUUCAGGAUAACAUGAGGCGAGUUUUUGCGAUGCUGGCGAUGAUAGCUUGUAUAUAAAUGAACUGGUGCAAACGGAGCGAAAAAACGUUAUCUGCCAGUUAUCACCUAUUUCGUGAAAGUAUGACUCGGCAUCGGAGGGUCGGCCCUACCAGCAAGGGCCGAAGGACCUGGCCGUCUUCUGGAGACAGACACGCCAGGCGGGGAGACCCGCCGCAGGGCACGAGGAGUGUCUCCGCGGCGCUUUCGGGAUUCUUCGCGCCGCGGGAAUGCGCAAAGCCCCUUGGCAGACCUUAUCAACAAAUCCACCGGCCGCGGGUCGCUCGCCGACACCAGGGGCGGGCGCAAGGCAGCAGAUGCGCGCAGAAGUGGCUGCACAGCCUCGUCUCACGCCCAUCAGCUGUUCCCCGCCGCCGCUUCUCGCCCAUCGCCUCAUCGGCCGCUGGGAGCAGAUUCGCGUGGCCAGGAAGCGGCAAGAGCUCUCCCUCGGCAGAGACAAGAGCUUGAUGGAGCCGAGGCCUUCGAAUCAAAGAGCCUUCCGCCGGAGGUCUCGAGCGGUCGUCGGAUACGGCGGGAGCUCCUACAAGUGCCGGAUCGUGUUCGGUCGACGCCUGCUCGGUUCCCCUCGCGGCGCGCCGUUCACAGAAUAGUUAAUAUAUCGGGAUUUUCGUUUGUGAACUCGGACCAACAUGCCGCAUCGUCAGGGACUUCACAAGUCAAACAAAUGACAUGGCUAAAAAUGCCUGCUUAUUUUUUUUACACAUAACUUGAUACAAAGUCACUGGAAUAAACAUCACGGGAUACAAAGUCAUUGACAUAAUCAACGCCAUGGAAGUAUUCUUGUCAGCUUUAUUAAUUACGCAAAUUACCGCACAUUUCCUUAUGAUUUCUGCAUUUUUGUAUAUUCCAGCGAUUCCAGUUGCCGCAUACAAGUUCUUUAUAAGCGUAGAAAGGUAGGCUGGGCCUGCACGCGGACACAGGACGGUCAAAGAGGCGAGGUGAGGUGGAAAUGGCCGAGUCAGGUCAAACAGAUCGAGGCGCGGGAGAUGGAAGGUGUUGCCAACUCCACAGAAAAUCUCGCCUUUCUAAGUAGAAAGAAUUAUCUUUUUUUACUUUCACCCAUAGUACAUUGUAACAUCGAGAUAUUGGAUGUAUUACAUAAGUUCAUUGCACCAAGGCUAGCUAGCGCCGCUCCCGGCGGGAGGAGCAGGUGGCCUGGAAACCGCGGGGACAGUGAGCUGGACGCCCCGAGUUAAAGGGCCGGCGGCCGGGCGAAUUUUCCCUUUAAGAAGGACUGCACAGCCCCUGACGCCGCGCUAUCGAAUAUCUGCUUCGUGCAAGACCUGGUGGUUCUGUAUCACUCAAGUGUCGGCGGAAGUCUCUCGCUCCGUUGCUGGCAGGGCGUCGUGAAGCAAGGCACGGCACUGGCGCCGAACUAAUGAUUCUGGGAAAUGAUCUUUCGCCUGUCAUUGACUCGGGAUUGCUUCACACGCACACACACACACACGUACACACACGCACACACACACACACACACACACACACACACACACACACACACACACACACACA